AAUGAAACUCUUCUACAUUGCUUGAUGAAUUUAGUCAUGAUUCAAGCCUGCACCGGUUAGGUGUCGUUGAUGUCAAUGGUCGGCGCCUAAUUGGACAUAAAUAAUGAUCCGGAUAGCUGCUCUCAAUGCAGCCUCUGCUGCCGCAGAUGAGUGUGGGGAUGCCCUCAAGUCAACCAAAAGCCGGACCAAGGAGGCACAGGAAGCUGAGGCCUUUGCACUGUAUCACAAAGCCUUGGACCUGCAGAAGCAUGACAAGUUUGAAGAGUCUGCCAAGGCGUACCAUGAGCUCCUCAAAACUCCUCUUCUCAAAGAGGCACAGCCCUCCGAGAAUGAGAAGGUGGGGCUUAAGCACCCCGGGCUAAUGCUGAAGUACUCCACCUACAAGAACCUGGCCAGCCUGGCUGUGCAGAGAGAUGACCUAGAGACGGCCAUGGACUUCUACCUGGAGGCUGUGAUGCUAGACUCCACUGAUGUGAACAUGUGGUAUAAGAUUGGCCAGGUGGCCUUGCGCCUGGUGCGUAUUCCCCUGGCCCGCCACGCCUUCGAAGAGGGGCUCCAUUGUAACCCUGACCACUGGCCUUGCCUGGACAACCUCAUCACUGUGCUCUACACAAUCAGCGACUACAGCUGCUGCCUGUACCACAUCUGCAAAGCCCUGGAGAAGGAUCACUGCUACACUAAGGGCUUAGUGCUAAAGGAGAAAAUCUUUCAGGAGCAGCCCUGUCUAAAAAGGGACUCGAUGAAAAUGUUCUCCAAAUGCCACAUGUCUGUGCAUUACGUGGACGUGGAUGAGGAGGAGGUGCAAUCCAUCGUGGAGGAGGCGCUGGAGUUGAGGAGGCGGCGACAGGCUCUGAACGUCCGUGAGCCCAAGCCUGACCUGAUCCUAGUGCAGCCCAUCAAAUACUUCACGUGGAAGAGUGUCGGAGAGAGUCUGGUGGCCAUGUACCGGCACCAGACCACAUGCGAUCCACCGCGUCCGAGCCUUGGCCGCCGCAUCAAUCUGUCAGAGUACCAGGACCUGGAGCGCUGCCUCCAGCGUACGCCACCGCUGCCUCCACCGCUGCCUCCACCGCUGCCUCCACCGCUGCCUCCAUGCCAGGCUCCUGUGCAACCACCCACCCCGGUCAGUGAGCCACAGGCCCUCUCCCAGCAGGGCAGCUGCAGCCCCAGCUCCUCGCAGCCCUCCAUGGCCGAGCAGUUGGUCACUCCGGGACCUACGGCCCCUGGAGAGGCACAGACACAGAUACAGACACAGAUACAGAUGAUGCAGGCUGAGGGUCUGGUACAGGCACAGGCACAGGCACAGGCACAGACAGAGCUCCCUCCUCCCCCUCCUCUUCAGCCCACCAACCCUGCCCUCAUCCCCCACAGCCAGAAUACGGUGGAGAUCAACACCACUGCUCCAGUAGGGGUAGAUCCUGUGCUGGGAGAUAAGGCAAAGAAAGCCCCCAAGAGGAAGCGGGUCGUAGAGGACAGUGGAGAGACCGCCAAGCGACGAUCAGCUCGAGUUCGGAACACCAAAUGCAAAAAGGAAGAAAAGAUAGAUUUUCAGGAGCUGUUGAUCAAAUUUCUUCCAUCAAGUCUGAGGAAAUUUGAUCCGGAGGAUGACGAUGAAAGCCUGAGCAACAUGGACACCCAGUGUGAUGCCAAAGCAAACAAAGAGCCUGGAGCCAGUGAAGCCCCCACUGAGUACAUCGGCUCUAUGGAACAGGAGCGCCAGGAUGUCCACAACUUCCUGCUCAGCAACAUGAGCAAUGGCGGGAUUCUGGAGCUGAUGAUGCGCUACCUGAAGGCGGUGGGUCAGAGGUUUGUGGAGCCGUGGCCCCCGGGCCUGAGCGCCGUGGUGCUGGACGUCUACCACUGCUGGAGGAAGCACAGCAUCGGCCUGCCCAACCCGCUGCACAAUGAGAGCAGUGACCAGCACCUCAGGGAGAUGAUGAUGAUGAGCUUGGCAUGUAUGGAGCUGCAGCUGGAGAAGUGGUCCCAGGCCAAGGGCAAGUUGGUGUCCCCAAGGAAGCACAUCCAGGGCCAGUCCAGUGACGAUACUGAGCCAGACUUCCCCGGGCCGCACCAGCAGUCGGACCUGCUGCUCAUGGCCCUGGCCUCCUCCCAGAGGGACGUGUUCGGGGACGACUGGUGGGGUUAUGUGGUGCGGGUCUACUGGUACAAGGCCCGCUUCCUGACUCUGCAGGGCGAGAUGGACGAGGCCUUGGACAGCUAUGACGUCUGCACAGGUAUCCUGAAUAGCAAACGCCAGAGCGGCAGCGAGGAGGAGAACUUCACCAUCGUUCUGCCUAACCUGCGAGCGGACGCCACCAUCUCGUUGGAGGAGAUUGAUAAGAAGCUGAAGAGCCUGGAGCGCUGCCAGUCCCUGGAGGAGAUCCAGCGGCUGUACGAGUCCAGUGACUAUGCGGCGGUGGUGCGGCUGCUGCAGCCCACGCUGAGUGGCGGGCCGGGCGCGGGCCGCGUCCAGCCCCUGGACUUCAUCAGCUCCGCGCCAGAGAGGCCCACCCAGCUGCUGCUGCUACAGAAUUCCCUGCUAAAGCAGAAGGACUACAAGCAGUGUCUGGAAUGUUCCGAAGUGGCACUGAACGAAGCUGUGCAGCAGCUCAACGACGUGCUACCCAACUGCCCCUCCAGUAAGGAGGAGUGGGUGAGCACCAUCACCAAGCUGCUGGGGGGUAUCGAGAGCUGCCUGACCGAGGAGCCACAGAUCCUCAGCAACCUGCCUCGCUCCGCCAACAUGGCCCGGCUGGCCAACAACCUCAUCCAGUUGAUCGACUGCAGCAUGGCGCUGCCUGACGACCCCAAGGAGCCCCACUUCUCCUCUGUGCUGCCCUGGAUCCUGCUCCACCACAUCAUCAAGCAUGAGGAGGUGGCCUUCCACUGCACCAUGCACCGCCGCAUGUCUGUGGAGGACGAGGACGAAGUGGAGACUCCCAUGCUGCCAUCCUCGCUGAUGUUGCUCAACACGGCCCAUGAGUACCUGGGCCGCCGCUCCUGGUGCUGCAACUCCAACGGGGCUCUGCUCAAGUUCUACGUGUGUGUCCUGGAGAAGGAGGUGAAGGUCCUAAGGGCUAAUGAGGCCCACCCCUAUAAGGAGGAGCUGGAGAUGGCCCUGGAGCAAUGCUUCUACUGUCUGUACGCCUACCCCAGCAAGAAGAGCAAGCCCCGCUACCUGGAGGAGCACUCGGCACCACAGGUGGAACUUCUGUGGAGCAAUGCCCUCUUCAUGUUUGACUACUUCAAGCCUAAGACGCUGCCCGAGUUUGACAGCUACAAAACUAGCACGGUGUCCGCCGACCUGGCCAACCUGCUGCGUCGCCUCUCGGGCAUCGAGCCGCUCAGUGACGUGCCGACCCUGACCAUGGACGACGUCUCCGACUACAUUGAUGGCGGUGGCGUGAAGGUGAGGGGCAUCUCUAAGGUGCCUGCUCUUCCAGAGGGCUCGCCUCCAGCGCCCCCACUGGUGAAUGAGAUGUACUACCUCCUAGCAGAUUAUCAUUUCAAGAACAAGGAGCAGUCCAAAGCCAUCAAGUUUUACAUGCGCGACAUCUGUGUGUGUCCUAACCGGUUUGACUCGUGGGCAGGCAUGGCAUUGGCGCGAGCGAGUCGGAUCCAGGACAAGCUGAACUCCAACGAGCUGAAGAGCGACGGGCCCAUCUGGAAACACUCCCUGGCUGUGCUCACCUGCUUCAGGCGGGCGCUGGAGAUCGACAGCUCCAACCUGGCGCUGUGGAUCGAGUACGGCACCAUGUCCUACGCCCUGCACUCCUUCGCCUCACGCCAGCUCAAGCAGUGGAAGACCGAGCUGCCCCCAGAUCUGGUCAAACAGAUGGAGGAGAGAAGGGACUCCAUGCUGGACACGGCCGCCAAGUGUUUCCAGGGCGCGUCCAGCUGCGAGGGGGACAGCGACGAGGAGGAGUGGCUCAUCCACUACAUGCUGGGCAAAAUCGCAGAGAAGCGCAAGCAGCCACCCAAGAACUACCUGCUGCUCUACAAAAAGUCGGCCCACUACCUCCACGAGGAGGCUGCCCGGUACCCCCGUAAGAUCCACUACCACAACCCCCCUGACCUAGCCAUGGAGGCCCUGGAGCUGCACUUCCGGCUCAGUGCCACCAUCCUGAAGCUGCUGGAGGACGAGAGGGCCAAUGAGCAGAAGGGGGAGGAGGAGCUGGACUUUGAGCUGUUCUUCAACACGCUGGCCGAGGCUGCCGUGGGGCCGUUUGCCCGAGGGGAAGAGAAGAGCAUGCCCAAAACCAGCGAGAAGGACAAGACCCUCUCCCUGAACGACGACGACUCCCGCUCCUCCAUGGGCACCGGCCUGGCGUCCUCCUCAUCGGCGGCGGCAGCUGCAGCAGCAGGGGUGACGGUGACCGGCACCACCACCACCACCACCACCACAACCACCACCUCGCUCCCGUCCAGUGCGCAAGGUCUGACCUCACCGCCGUACACGGCCACUCCGGUGGACCACGAUUACGCCAAACGUAAAAGGCAGAGGCAGCAGCAGCAGCAGCAGCAGCAGGAGCAGCAGCAGCAGCAGGAGCAGGGAGAUGCGCUGCAGUCUCAUGGCCAUGACUACUGCCUCUACAUGCCUACUGCGUUACAGAUGAUGCCCGUCACUGACCACAGUCAGGACAGUGUGACCCAGCUGCUCUCCGACUCCAACUCCCUCCAGGAUGUGUUCCUGGACCCCACCAGCUCUCAGGACAGCAGCCAGAAGGUGGACUCUGGGAAAUGUAGUACGUUCUCUGAGGACACAAACCCCCAAAUGAAGGAAGGGGCGGCCCUGGUUGAAGAUCCAGGUUCCCUUCAGGAGAAGCCCACAGAGGCUAGGCCAACUUUACCAUCCCAGGAUGACACCACCACACAGGAGUCCUCAGAUACGCUCUCCAUCACCUCACCUGAGACGUGCGCCCCGAAGCCUCCCGCUGAGCUCUUUGCCCAAACCCCCACCACCACCACCCCCACCACAACCUCCACUGCAGUCACACCGACUUCAGCCAACGCGCCCAAUCAGAAGCCGACCCAGUCCACGCCGCCCACCCCACCCAGCGAGAGCAAGCGCCGGACUGAGCCGCCACCACCGCAGGAGCUCCCUGAGGUGCCCAAGAGCCUGCCGCAGGGCCGGACAGAGCAGCACUACCUGCUGGUGGACUUGUCCAUCCGCUCGCUCUUCCUCUGCCUGAGCCGCUUCCCGCAGCACUACAAGAGCCUGUACCGGCUGGCCUACCUCUACGCCAACAGCAAGACGCAUCGGAACUUGCGGUGGGCACGAGAUGUGUUGCUAGGAAGCAGUGUCCCAUGGCAACAGCUGAAGCACAUGCCAGCACAAGGACUUUUCUGCGAGAGGAACAAGACCAAUCUGUUCAACGGCAUCUGGCGUAUUCCAGUGGAUGAGAUUGAUCGGCCAGGCAGCUUUGCGUCUCAUAUGAACCGCUCCAUCGUGCUCUUGCUGGAGGUGCUGUCUGAGCUCCGGGACCACGACACAUUACUUAAAGUCUCGUUCAUGCUGCAGAGAACCCCUGACCAGGGAAAGAAAUAUUUGCGUGAUGUGGACCGCCAGGUUUUGGCGAAGCGAGCGUUUUUCCUCACUGUGAAAGUGCUGGAGGACAAUCUGAACAAACUCACUGGGGUAUCAGAGCCGCCUCCUAAAGUUCCUGUCCCUUCCAUGGGGGAGAUGACGACGGCUGACCCAACCAGCAGGCCCUCUGCAGAGGCCGCCAAGCACACCCAGCCGCCUCAGAAGCCUGCCCUGACCGAGGCCCCAGCAUCGUCCACCUCAGCCGAGGCAGCACCCAGAGACGACUCCCCAAUGCAGCAGCAGCAGCAGCAGGCGUCUGUGCAGGCACCUGCUGAAAAACUGACCGAUCCCCAGGGCAGGGCUGAGGGCACGCAGGGUGAGAGUGCCAGGGCGGGCAGCGCGGAAGAGCCCAUGGAAUUGGACUUGGGACACAGUUUGGCCACCGCCACAGUCACAGCCACGCCGAAGACGGCAGACUCUCAGAGCGCGAGCCUCCUGGCCGAGAAGGAGGCCCUGCAGACAGUGCCGGAAUCCUCAGGGAAGGCUCCGGAGAGCGGCGGCCACACGCCAGAGCUGUCUCUAGAGGAGCUGAGCAUCAGUUCUAAACAGCAUCAGCUGCCACUGCAGCAUCAGAGCCUAAGCCUGGUACCCAAGGGGCCGCCCCCCACAUCGGCCCCGAGCGCCUCAGAGCGCCGGCCCCGGAAGAGGAAGCUCCUGGAGGACGUGGAGUCGGGCAAGACCCUCCUGCUGGAUGCUUACAGGGUGUGGCAGCAAGGUCAGAAGGUCAUGACCUAUGACCUGGGCCGCAUUGAGAAGAUUAUGUCUGAGACAUACAUGCUCAUUAAGCAGGUGGAUGAGGAUGUGGCUCUGGACCAGGCUGUGAAGUUCUGCCAGAUUCAGAUGGCUGCUUCAGCACAAAGACAGACCUCCGUUGACACCCCGGUCACCCCCAAAUUCAGCAAAGAGCAGCGCGACAUCUUCUUCCCCAGCAACUUCCCCAGCGGGCCGCUCCACAGCCCUCACACGCCCACCCCCACCGCGCUGGCCGGCCACGACAGCCUGCCCACAGAGGCCAGGCAGGGUAAAGUGCCCAGACUGUCGCACCCGCACUCCCACUCCCACUCCCACACCCACACCCACUCGCAUCCGACCACGCCCACACAGGGCACGGCGCCACCACUCUACUGUCCACCUCCAGCCACCCAGGACCAGCAGCUGCCCAGGAAGCCCACGAGCAACCCCACGGUGGCAGACAUGGCCGCCAGCUUCCACCCCCACACAGCGGAGGGCCGAGAGGAGUGUGGCCCUGAGGGUCUGGCCUACAGGCAGCAGGAGUCGCACCUGUGCCAGCAGAUGAAGAUGGCCUCUGUGUCACAGGCGCAGGACAUGGCCACUUGGGGCAGCGACGAGCCACCCACCUGCAGCGCCUCACAGGCCAGCACAGAGGACGUGUUUGUGUCCAGUGAUCAGCCCCAGCAGGCGGACUCCAGCCGCAUCCGCUCCCGGAUCCCCCCCAACAUGCCAAAGCUCUUCAUCCCGUCGGCCGUCACCAAGUUCCCCCCGGAGAUCACGGUCACGCCCCCCACGCCCACGCUGCUCUCGCCCAAGGGCAGCGUCUCCGAGGAGACCAAACAGAGGCUCAAGAAUGUGAUUCUGGCCUCUCAGUCUGCAGCUAAUGUGAAGAAAGACACUCUGGCCCAGCCAGCUCUCGAGGUGCAGGAGACGUCCAGCCAGGAGUCGUCUCUGGAGAGCGAUACGGACGAGGAGGACGACUACAUGGACAUUUGAGUGGACGAACAGACGGACACGUUGGACAUAAAGGGACAGAUGUUCUUCUCUCUUUCCUCUCACCAGCCUCUGCUCACAGUCCUACAAAGGCAAAGAGCUGACUUUGGCUGAUAUUGAGAGCCAAAACCACCACUCUUUACGUGUGUGCGUGUGUGUGCAUCUCUCUCUCUGUAACACACACACACACACACUCACUCAUACACGCUCAUUCUCACUCAUGCUGUUAUUCAUGCUUUGUCUCUGUUUCUGUUUGUCUCAUUCUCCUCUCUCUGUCCUCUUCACUCCUGUCUCUCACAUCUCCCCUGUUUUCUUCAAUUCUCUCUGUACUUCCUACCUUCAGCUGUGACUUGAGCAAAUGCAACGGUACUUUUUUAAACUGCACUUAAUCAUCAAUCUCAUCGGGCUGAUUUCAGUUCCAGACUGCAACUGGUCUUAAGCCUGGGCUCCAUCCCAUUCCAUCCUCUCUCUCUCUCUCUCUCUCUCUCUCUCUCUGUUCCGGCUUGAACUCUCAGCUGCGCAUGUUCUCUCUAGCACAAGGGCUUUCUCUUCUGCCAGUGUGUGUGGCACCGCAUCUUGGCACGUCUACGGUCUUGUUCAGUGCUGAUGCUCCUGUGAUGGCUGGGCAUGGAUUUAUUGUUAUUUACUCUUGUUGUUGUUGUUGUCGUCGUUGAUGUUGUUCAUAAUUACUGCUAUGAUUUUGUAGCUAUCCAGCAAAAAGUGCCAUUUUAACACUUCCCCGCCAACACCCCCAAACCUCUCAGUGAAAUCAGGUGUUUAUGCUGAGGCUAAUGAGAGGAACUGUCCCAUGAUGUGGAUGAGUGAGGGUGUUCCUGAAACCUAUGCAGACGCAUGCUUCCCCUGGCUCCGCACCAGUGCUGAUGGGGAUGUACUGAACUAGUCCAAGUGAUCAUGUUCAGACAUCAGGUUUGAAUGUUUCAUGUCUCGAAAACAUCCGCUCUGUACCGUUGAGGAAAGAACAGGAGCUUCAGGCCCCCUCGCGGUGCCAGUAGGGUAGGAUGGACCCAUUUCAGCUCACAACUCUGUGUGCGUUAAGGCAGCUUGACCUUUCUUAACCUUCACCACGGUCAUCUCACCAUACCUGAGGUGCCCCCACGGCAGAACGUGUUCCCAGGCGGCAUAUCAUUCCAGCUCACUCUCGCUCAUGUCCGCGCGUCUCCGAGCGUGUCACGAGAGGGACCCUGUUGUCUAGGCGACGCGUCCAGUAUAGAGCCCCACACGAGCCUCUUCUCUCGCACCAACCUGUGCAACCCUCUGCAGAUGAUAUCGGUUUACAUGUACACUUGCAUUUCUACAGUUAUCCACCUGUUCUACAAUUAUCUACCCUUUUUUUUUAAUGUAAUUUUGUUUAAGCCUUUUUCAUGCAGUUUUCUUUUCAGUCUGGCUCUGCAGUUGUCCUCAGUGUUUCUGCUUGUUUUUUUUGUGUGUCAUUGGAUGUUUUCAAGUUAUUUUCAAUGACUUUGGUGUUCUCAGUGUAUGGUAGCUACAUGCAGGUGUUGUCGUAUCAUGCAGAGGCCCGGGCUGGAGGAGCCACCAGCAGCAUUACCCCAGACUUGCACAAGAGCGGCCCCCACUCUGAAACUCCAAGGCUCUGACACCUUUGUACAUAUCAUGGAAGCAUCUCAAUCACCACUUGUAGCUGCCUAAGCUCAGCAGGAAAGAGGAAACAAAAAAAAAAACAGAAAACAAACAAAUGCUCGACUGGUCUAUUUUGGAGAAUAUGGAAGAAUACGAAACACACAACACUGACUAAACAAGCGUUAAGACGGCUGAAUGUUUUUUUACAGAUUGUUUUCUAAGAGAAGAUGGUUAUUCAUGGUAUUUUUCUGAAGAAAAAAACUGUCUAAGUAUACUUUUUUUAAAAAGAAAUAAAGACUUUCUAAAACAAUUGUCAUUGGGGGAAAAAAGAUGUCAGCCAAUCAUUUCUGCCUAACUUGGAUGUUUGUAUUUUGUUUGUUUUUUCGGCAAUGUAAGAUAUUGUUUUGUAUUCCGCUGCUGCGCUUCUCAAAGGGAUUUCCCAUGGCUGAGAGCAGUGGGAUUCAGCCUGAUUGUAAGGCUUUCAUUACUAUGUCGAUGGGUUCAGGGCUGUGGUGGGAUUGGAUGUUAUAUUCUGAAUUUUGACUUGCUGCAUUAAAGUUGUCACAACCAAAAAUACACUUGAUAUACUUCUA